GUUGCGCCAUGGUUGGCCAUCAGUGUGCAAACCCCGGGAUGGCCGCCGCUCGGCCCGCACCGUCUCGCCUCUCCUCUACCAUGGGCGACGCGGCCGAAGAGCCGGAUCCGAUCAGGCUGAAGGCCUUGAAGUACGAGGGCUGCUUCACCGUUCCGCCGGAGGACAAGCUGGGAAGAAGCAGAAGCGUGAAAGAAUUUGUGAAGUUGAAUCGUAUUGGUGAAGGAACCUAUGGCAUUGUGUACCGAGCACAUGAUACGAAAACUGAUGAAAUUGUUGCUCUUAAGAAGGUUCGGAUGGAUAAAGAGAGGGACGGAAUCCCCAUCAGUAGUUUGAGAGAGAUUAACCUGCUACUUAAACUGAGGCACCCCAAUAUUGUAGAACUAAAGGAAGUAGUGGUGGGAAAUCAUCUGGACAGUAUUUUUCUAGUAAUGGGAUACUGUGAACAGGACCUUGCCAGUCUUCUAGAAAACAUGCAGUCACCAUUCUCAGAAGCUCAGGUGAAAUGUAUCAUCUUGCAGUUAUUAAAGGGAUUACAAUAUCUACACGAAAACUUCAUUAUUCAUAGAGACCUUAAGGUAUCUAAUUUGCUGAUGACUGAUAAAGGAUGCGUGAAGAUAGCGGACUUUGGGCUGGCACGUGCAUAUGGAGUGCCUCUAAAACCCAUGACUCCGAAAGUAGUAACAUUGUGGUACAGAGCACCUGAAUUACUGCUGGGGACAAAAACUCAGACUACAGCUAUUGAUAUGUGGGCGGUCGGGUGUAUCCUUGCAGAACUGCUGGCACACAAACCGUUGCUUCCUGGAAGCUCGGAAAUCCAUCAGAUUGACCUGAUUGUUCAAUUAUUAGGGACCCCAAAUGAGAAUAUAUGGCCAGGUUUUUCCAAGCUACCAUUAGUGGGGCAGUACACACUGAGGAAACAGCCUUACAAUAAUCUGAAGCACAAGUUUCCAUGGCUGUCAGAAGCAGGGCUCCGACUACUCAACUUUCUCUUCAUGUAUGACCCAAAAAAAAGGGCGACAGCGGAAGACAGUCUGGAGAGUUCCUAUUUUAAAGAAAAGCCAUUGCCCUGUGAAUCAGAACUGAUGCCGACAUUCCCCCAUCAUCGUAACAAACGAGCUGCGGCCAGUGUGGAAAACCAACCAAAACAUCCAAAGGUGUGACACAUUGAUUUGAUGCACAAAUCCACCUUGAAUAUGGAACUCCCUCACACUCAUGUUAGCCGUCUUUUACGUUUGUUGCAUUAGAUAUCCAUGCAGAAGUUAGACGGGACUGUAGAACAUAUCCUAGGACUGUAACAACACUGCAGGGCCAUUUUAAGAUUAAGUAUAUGGUUCACUCCUGUGGAAAUAUGUCAAACAUCUGUUUCAAAAUUUUCACUAAGCACUCUUUUUUCUUACACUUAUUGUUUUCAAAAGCAUUCAAAGAAAUAGUCAUAAUUUUGAAUGUUAAAUGUCAGUUGAAGAUGACUCUAAAAUAGCCUAGAAUUUUCAAAAAUAAAUGAUUUCCACAAUGUA